CAGCCCUUCUCUCGUAGCGGCCCCUCGGAGGAGAGCAGCGCUAAGCAGGCCCGCCAUUACCCCGAAACCGGUGCUGCCUUUCUUUGACUGCGCUUUCCAACCGGGAGGAAGAGGAGGAGGAAGAGGAGAAGGAGGAGCGGCGGUUGCCGACGACUGGCGGAGCGGCGGAGGCAGGCAGGCAGGCGGGCAGGCAGGCGGGCAGGAGAAGGAGGAGGAGGCGACGGAGAAGGAGGAGGAGAGACGCAGGGAUCCGGUGUGCCACAUCGGGAUGAGAGCGAGACACAGACCCGGGUCGGAUGAGUCAGCGAGCGGACCCCGCAAUCACGGCAUCCCCCUGAAAUCUGAAUGAAUCCGGACGGAAGCGAAAAGCGCAACAAGGAGGAAACAAUCUAACAAUUCUUUUUUUUUUCUUUCCUUCUUUUUUUUUUUUUUUUGUUGUUGUCUCUUUAUUCCGCCCUCCCCCUUUUUUUUUUUGCUUUGCUCUCCGCUCCGGCGUCUGCCAUAGCCUACUUCUCAUUUUUAUUUAAGCUGGGAAUUUAGAGAAAAAAAAAACAAAAAAAAAAAGGAGGAAGAGAGUCCGGGAAGGCUGCGGACGGAGGAGGCGGAGGUUUUAAUUCACACAUAUACACACACACACACACACACACACACACACACACAUAUAUAUAAAUAUAUGUAUUAUACAUUUUUAUUUAAAAAAAAGAAACCCAAACCCAGACGAGCCGUGCAUUUUUAAAGUCUUUUGUUGCACUGGGUGAAGCGAAGAUGUCGGGGCAGAGCAUUACGGACAGGAUAACUGCAGCCCAGCACAGUGUAACGGGAUCCGCCGUGUCGAAAACAGUAUGCAAGGCCACCACGCACGAAAUAAUGGGCCCGAAGAAGAAGCAUUUGGAUUAUCUGAUCCACUGCACCAACGAGAUGAACGUGAACAUCCCUCAGCUGGCGGACUCGUUGUUCGAGAGGACCACCAACACCAGCUGGGUGGUUGUGUUCAAAUCCCUCAUCACCACACACCACCUCAUGGUCUACGGCAACGAGCGUUUUGUCCAGUACUUGGCUUCAAGGAAUACACUUUUCAAUCUCAGUAAUUUUUUGGACAAAAGUGGGUUACAAGUUCCAGGAUACGACAUGUCCACAUUUAUCCGGAGGUAUAGUCGAUACCUGAACGAGAAAGCUGUGUCGUACAGACAGGUUGCCUUCGACUUCACAAAAGUUAAACGCGGAGUGGACGGCGUGAUGAGGACCAUGAAUACAGAGAAGCUGCUGAAGACGAUCCCCAUUAUUCAGAACCAGAUGGACGCCCUUCUCGAUUUCAAUGUCAAUGCCAACGAGCUGACUAAUGGAGUCAUCAAUGCAGCCUUCAUGCUCCUCUUCAAAGACUCCAUCAGGCUCUUUGCUGCUUAUAACGAAGGCAUUAUCAACCUGCUUGAGAAAUACUUUGACAUGAAGAAGACCCAGUGUAAAGAAGGUCUGGACAUUUACAAGAAGUUUCUCACCAGAAUGACCCGGAUAUCAGAAUUCCUGAAAGUGGCCGAGCAGGUGGGAAUCGAUCGAGGAGACAUCCCAGACCUUUCGCAGUUCACAGUUUGUGCUCCCAGUAGCCUUCUGGAAGCUCUGGAGCAGCACUUGGCCUCUUUAGAGGGGAAGAAGGUCAAAGACUCCACCGCAGCCAGCAGGGCCAGCACUCUCUCCAACGCCGUGUCGUCCCUGGCCAGCACGGGGAUGUCGUUCACUAAGGUGGACGAGCGGGAGAAGCAGGCGGCGCUCGAGGAGGAGCAGGCCCGGCUCAAAGCCCUCAAGGAGCAGAGGCUCAAGGAGCUCUCCAAGAGGCCGUCCUUCGCUACUACCGACACGUCGCCGAUCUCCACCACCGGGGGCACUAUCAGCACAGCACCAGCCAUCGACCUCUUCUCUACACCCAGCUGCUCUAAUGGUGCCGUGAAGAUGGAGAGUGAUCUUUUUGACCUGCAGUCAACUUUCCAGGCCUCCAUGCAACCCGGCUCCACAGGGCUUCCAGUGGCGACGGCGUGGGCAGAUCCUUUCACCUCCGCUGAAGCUGGAGAUGACUCCAUGCCAAACCUUAACCCUUUCCUCUCAAAACUCGUUGUCGAGGCCACUCACUUACCUGUCGUGUCUUCAGACGGUGUUAGCUUUUCCUCUAGGACAUCUGGUCAUGAAAUGUUUGGUGAUCGUUACAAUCCCUUUAUUGACACAAACUCAUCCGUUUCAACCAAUUACAAACGCACAGUGCGGAUAGAACACUCCGUCUCAGACUCCUUCUGUGGUCCAGUGUCUCAGCACCUCCCACAUCAGGCUCCCUUCCCCACAGAGCCCUCUACUGUAGCAGGUCUAUUCAGAGGAUACUCCACACCACAGGCUCCUCCUCAGCAGACAGCGGGAGGACUCCAAGUGGACUUUGAGUCUGUUUUCGGAGCCAAAGCUACGGGCGGCGGUGGCGGCAGCCUCAACUCUGAUGAUAUUACCGGGAGCAUCCUGAAACCGACUCUCGCCGGUUCCAACCUGUCGUCCAAUCAGCAGCCAGAGAAGCUGGUGUCGGACGACCUUGACUCCUCCCUGGCCAACCUUGUCGGCAACCUAGGCAUCGGAAACGGCACGAUGAAAAAUGACAUCCACUGGAGCCAGCCGGGGGAGAAGAGGAUGACCGGCGGCACCAACUGGCAGCCAAAGGCGGCGCCGACCACGACCUGGAACCCCGUCUCCAUGGCUCCGUCAAUCAUGGCCUUCCCUGCCACCACGCCCACAGGCAUGAUGGGAUACGGCAUGCCUCCACAAAUGGGCUCCAUGGGAAUGAUGAAUCCGCCCACCAUGAUGUACAGCCAGCCCGUCAUGAGGCCACCCAACCCGUUCGGCUCCGUGUCUAGCGCUCAGCCCUCUGCAGCCUCUAGUCCUUCCAGCCAGAGUCCUCUCCGAGCCCCUGGACAGGACCCGUUUGCACACCUCUCUCUCAAGGAUUUCUUGUAGAGCAUCUUUUUAGAUGCAGUUCAUGUAAUUUGAAAGGAAGUGUCUCUCGGAAGACGAAGCACUUAGCAGCAAAACUUUGUCCUCGUUGCAGCCUAACUCUUCAGAGAAACAUUCACACACACACACACACACACAAACACACACACACAACAAAUCCCCCCCCCCCUCCUCCCCAAACACCCCCACCCCCUCCCAAAUACAGCCAUGUCGACAAGAAUCCAGCGGUGCAGCGGCUGUCAGAAACCAUGGUAACCGUGCCCAAAUGACGUUCGGCGAUAGCUCACACCCAUUAUUCUGUAAAACUUGUCAGAGACUUCGAGUGAUGCUACUGUCUAACCCCCACCCCCCAACCCACCCUCACCCCCCCACCAUUAAGAGGAUUCCUUAUCCAUUUUACAGCGUAAUCUGUAAAGAUAGUUUUGGGUGCAGAGAAACCUUUAAUGUUAUGUAUUUGGAGAUGCUGCUGUGGUUGGGUUGUAAAGGCUUGAUGUUCUGCGGGGAGGAGGGCGGAAGAAGAGCGGGCCCCUCCCUUUGUUGAUCCGAUCACCAGUCCUCCAUUCCCCGCGGUUAUUUAACUGUCACUGAGUAGUGAUGCUAAUGACGUUUACACCUGUUUAGUUUCUCGUCUUUUUUACCGUGUUUACAGUAGACAUUCCUUGUGUGUUGUUUGUAUUUAUUUAUGAUUAUUGGUUUAAGAUCGGGGGGGUGAAAAAAAAAUAAUAAAUAAAGAAAAGAAAAAAGAAUAAUGUAAAAUCUACAGUACGUUGAACACAUGUGGGAGUGCUUCAGCAUUAAACAAGGAUCUCAGACUAUCAUUAAGAGGUAGAGUUUAAAAAUAGCUAUUAUAUAAAAAUUACACCUAUUAAGCGGAAUGAUAGAGCACUAAAUAUUCUCUGAGUUUUGUGUUAAGAAAAUUUUUUUACUAGAUGAAAGAUUUCACAGUCUCCCUUGUACGUAAAAGUGCGGGGGUUAGAGUACGAGUCAGUUAACAGUAUAUAGUCGAUUCUGUGCCUAUAGGGUUUUGUUUCGCAAUGGAUCGGUUUUUUCCUGAAAACACUUCAUCCACGAUUCUGAAGCGUCGCACUGGGUGGUGGGCUCCAUUUGCUUUAAGCUUGGCAUGCCAUUGACUCACUGACUGUAAUCAAGGCUGCCUUUACUCUGAAUGUGAAAGAGUUGUCUUCAUGUUGCACACAUCUUUCCACACUGCAGUUCCUCAGCGAGAGUGGGUGCGGGCGGGCGGGUCACGGGGGUGGGGGUGGAGGGGGUGGGGCGGAGGAGGGUCGCAGAUUCGAUGUAAAUUAAUUGUAUAAAAAGAUCCCGAGGGGCCAGGGUUGGAGCGGAGGAGCACUGUUGAUCGGUGCUCCGUGUACAUAAAAACUGACUGUUCUUUGAGUGCUAAAGUGAAAGAUGUAUGAAAUAUGAAAGCAAUUCAAUCAAAUUUGACUCUACCUAAGUUUGAUUCAGGAUAUUCUCUGCGUUUGUCUCCGCAGAUAUUUUCUUUAUGUAAUUAGAACGUGUAGCAGACGAUGACUGAAGUCUUUUUCUUUCUUUUACAAAUAAAGAGCAGCUUCCACA